AUGACCAGGGUACCAAUUCCUUUCCUCCUCUCACUUGCUCUCACUCCCCGUGCUUUCGCUCAACAAGUGGCGAGAGAUGAGCCGACAUCCGACCAUUAUCAACAGAGUUAUCCUGUCUGUGUAGUGGGAGCGGGUCCCACCGGCCUUGCAGCAGCGCACGAACUCGAGGCCAAAAACUACUCUGUGGUCAUCUUUGAACGUGAGCCCGAGGUUGGAGGGAAAUGCCAAUCGUACUACACGAGCUCAGAUCACACCACCUUCCACGCGAUGGGACCCAUUCUAAUAUCCAAUCAGACCUACACCGAGUCUCUUCCCAUCGUCGAAGCAGCCGGAGUCCCGUUCUACCUCUCCAAAAGCGUAACCAGCGGGUACAGUUACCCUCCGUUACAGCUUCCGGUCGGCAAACAGACUGUGGUUAACCUCACGAAGACACCGGCACCAACGGACGUGCAGAAAUCUCUGUUGACUCAAGAACUCGAACGAUACAACUCGUUCUGGGAAACGCAGUAUAAACCUUCUUACACUCCGAUGCGUUAUCCUAACGGUGUCCCGCAGGAAUUCACCGUCCCGAUGAAUCAAUGGCUAGCGAGUAAUGGUUAUCAAGUUCUUCCCGUCAUCAUGAGACAAGGGUUAGCCCUCGCCGGGUACGAUGAUCUGAACAGGACUGCAACACUAUACGGUCUUCAAUUUUUCACACCCGAUCAGUUAGCAUAUUUUGCCAAUGUCGGAGUCGUCAACUUUGUCGAUUUUCACGCGGUUAUGGUCCAUUACGCCAGUAGUCUCAAAAAAGCUCAAAUCCUGAGAAAAACAACUGUUACGAAAGUCGACCGAAGUAAAGAUCUACCCGUCGUGUCCUAUGUCACAGCAGGUUCCCGAAAGGUCCGCACACAGACGUGCUCCCACCUCAUCAACGCGUUCCCGCCCCUUCUCGAAGCACUCACCGGCCCUUCGGAUCUAUCAAAGCCUACCAAUAACAGCGGGAUCGGAAUCGACCUCUCAGAUUCCGAACGAGCUAUAUUUUCCAAAGUCGGGAUGACGGUAUACCUCUCCAGUGCUGUAUCUAUGCCGAACGUUCCCGUCAACACCACGUAUUCUCAACUCCCUACUCAAGAUAUCGGACAACCGAUUUUAUCGACCAAGAGUUUUGCCGAUUCGCCGAUCUUGACGACGUAUUCUUGGGGGCCUUUCAAACCUUACGGAAGGAACGAGGUGUCGUUGAAGGAAGCGAGGAAGGUUAUGUUGGAGACGUAUAAUGCCGUUGAUUUCAGUGCAGCUUCGGAUGUGAGUCCGUCGGGGCAGUCUGAGAUUAGAGCUAAGGCGAAGGAUGAGGAUAUACGGGAGUUUAGGCAGUGGGAUUAUUUCCCUCGAUUCCAGCCCGAGGAUUUGGCUCAGGGGAUUUACGAGAAGUAUAAUGCGAUUCAAGGGUAUAACAAGACUUAUUGGGCGAGUGGGCUGAAUAGCUUUGAGUUAGUUGAGCAUGCGGUACGGGCUGGGAAAGAGAUAGUGGGUAGUUUCUUCUGA